GAUCAGACAGGAAUCUAAUUUAUUGCUUGCUGAGUGUUCUGUCUGGUGAAAGUCAUGUCAUCCAUAUUGCCAUUCACUCCACCAGUUGUGAAGAGACUUCUGGGGUGGAAAAAAUCUGCUGGUGGCUCUGGAGGGGCUACUGGUAGUGAGCAGAAUGGUCAGGAUGAAAAGUGGUGUGAAAAAGCAGUGAAAAGCUUGGUCAAGAAGCUAAAGAAAACAGGACAGCUGGAUGAGCUUGAGAAGGCAAUUACCACUCAGAAUUGCAGUACAAAAUGUGUGACCAUACCAAGCACUUGCUCUGAAAUUUGGGGACUGAGUACACCAAACACGAUAGAUCAGUGGGAUACAACAGGCCUUUACAGCUUCUCUGAACAAACCAGAUCUCUCGAUGGCCGUCUACAGGUAUCUCAUCGUAAAGGAUUACCACAUGUUAUUUACUGUCGUUUGUGGCGCUGGCCAGAUCUUCACAGUCACCAUGAACUUAAAGCAAUUGAAAACUGUGAAUAUGCUUUUAAUCUUAAAAAGGAUGAAGUAUGUGUAAACCCUUACCACUACCAGAGAGUGGAGACACCAGUCUUGCCUCCUGUACUAGUGCCACGGCACACUGAGAUUCUAACAGAACUGCCGCCUCUCGAUGACUAUACCCAUUCCAUUCCUGAAAACACUAACUUUCCAGCUGGAAUUGAACCACAGAGCAAUUACAUACCAGAAACACCACCUCCAGGAUAUAUCAGUGAAGAUGGAGAAACGAAUGACCAGCAGUUGAACCAAAGCAUGGAUACAGGAUCUCCAGCAGAGCUGUCUCCUAGUACUCUUUCUCCAGUUAAUCAUAGCCUGGACUUGCAACCAGUUACUUACUCGGAGCCUGCAUUUUGGUGUUCAAUAGCAUAUUAUGAAUUGAAUCAAAGAGUGGGAGAAACCUUCCAUGCAUCCCAGCCUUCCCUGACUGUAGAUGGCUUUACAGAUCCUUCCAAUUCAGAACGAUUUUGUCUAGGUUUGCUUUCCAAUGUAAACAGAAAUGCUACAGUGGAAAUGACAAGGCGACAUAUAGGAAGGGGAGUACGUCUCUAUUACAUUGGUGGAGAAGUUUUUGCUGAGUGCUUAAGCGAUAGUGCGAUUUUUGUUCAGAGCCCCAAUUGUAAUCAAAGAUAUGGCUGGCAUCCUGCAACUGUGUGCAAAAUUCCACCAGGAUGCAAUCUAAAAAUCUUUAAUAACCAAGAAUUUGCUGCUCUUCUGGCUCAAUCUGUGAAUCAGGGUUUUGAAGCAGUUUAUCAGCUUACUAGAAUGUGUACCAUAAGAAUGAGUUUUGUUAAAGGAUGGGGAGCUGAAUACAGGCGGCAAACAGUAACAAGCACUCCUUGCUGGAUUGAACUUCAUCUGAAUGGACCUCUACAAUGGUUGGACAAAGUAUUAACUCAGAUGGGCUCCCCUUCAGUACGCUGCUCCAGCAUGUCGUAAAACUCCUUCCUCUGUUACCAGUGGGCUAAACAUCGAGUCCAAUCAACAGACUUAAUAUAACAGUUCAUCUGUCAUAGUACUUGUGUGUGGUCCCCAUGAACUGUUCACCAUCCAAAAA